CCAUAUUGUGUAUUUAUCGCAUUUUAUAAAGUUGUUUACAAGUCAACACAUAUUUUUUAUUUUGUGAUUUAUUUAAUUUGGUUCAUACUUCGCUUGGAAAAAAUAACUUUAGUUAAAUAUGGAUCUAGCUCACUCAGUUUGUCAAUUCUGUAAAAAGGUUGAAUUCAAAUAUACUUGCCCAAAAUGCAGUGCAUUGUAUUGUUCGAAGAGCUGCUUUAGGAAGCCAGUACACAAGAAAUGUACCAGUUCAUUUUACAAUAUCUUUCGCCAAUCUUCAUCAUAUAGUAAAGAGGAGCGUAAUGAAAUAAUGAUGAGAUAUAUGAUUUUGAGAAAAAUACUUGAGAUACAGAAUGGAACCAUGAAGGAAAAAACAAUAACUGAGAGUAGUAACGAAAGUGAACAUAGUGUCUGGACUGGGGAUAUUGGUAAUAUUGGUGAAGAUGGUUUCUAUUCUCAUAUUGGUGAUGAUUCUUUUGAUAUUUGUGAAGAAUGUAAUGAUGAUGCUGAUGAUUCUAACAGUAAUAAUUUAAAUGAAGUUGGCGAUAACUUUGAAUUUGAUGAUGAUAAUAAUAAUGAUGAUAAUGGUGAUGAUGAUGGUGAAAUUGAUGAAGAUGAAUAUGAUGAUGAUGAUGAUGAUGACGAUGAUGAUGAUGAUGAUGAUACUGAAGAUGAUGAUGAUGAUGAUACUGAAGAUGAUAAUGAUGGUGAUGACGAUGAUGAUGAUGAUGAUGUUGAUGAUGAGGACGACGAAGAUGAUUCCGAUGAUUCUAAUUAUGAGAGUGGGAUUUCUAGUGAUAACGAUUAUGAUGACGUUCAUGAUGGUUCUAAUAAUAAUGGUGAUAAAUAUAGUGGUAACGAUGGUGACGACUUUAAUGAUGAUGGUGAUAAUAAGGGCAAUGUUGAUGAUGAUGGUGAUAACUACGGCGAUGACGAUGAUGAUGAUGAUGAUGAUGGUGAUGACGGUGAUGAUGAUGGUGAUGACAGUGAUGAUGAUGGUGAUGACGAUGACAAUGAUAGUGAUAACGACGGCGAUGGCGAUGAUGAUGAUGACGAUAGUAAUGAUGAUGGUGAUGACGUUGAUAUUCGUGAUUUAGGUUACUUUGGUGAUUUUAAUAAUUUAUGUAAUUAUAUUGUUAGCGAUGAUCUACUUGAACUUACAAGACAAUUUUGCUAUUCGCUGAGAGCGCGGAUAUUAGAAAGACGAUCGAAAUCAUUAAAAGCAAAGUUCGAUUAUUACAACAUACCCUACUGAUUAUAUGCAACAUAAAGGUUUUUUUGUGAAUUAUGUAUUAUCAUCUCAUAUUAUACCAUACAAAUAUUUUAUUUUCUAGGCAAUGGUCAAUACCGGUUGUCUUCAGUAUUAUACCUUUGUGUGAGUACGUUAAUAACUUGAGUUUUGAAUUUUUUCAAAAACGAUUCCGUAUUUGAACUAGUUGCCCGUUCAUCAGGAAUUUAUUCCUGUACAACAAGUGAAAUGCUGGUUAAAACUUGCAGUAACAAUGAUUAUUUUGUACUUGCAAUUUUACAAAGCCACUGCAACUUUGACACUAAUACGAGCGUACCUAGCCAUAGGUAUAUCAAAAAGUUUCGUAUAACCUAAUUUGGUUCUGUUAAAAAAAAGAGCAGCACUACCUAGCCCUAUAGAUAUAUCAAAAAGUUUCGUAUAACCUAAUAUGGUUCUGUUAAAAAAAAGAGCAGCACUAUGUGCAUAUGUCGCCUAAUAGUUAAGACCACAACUCAUAAUUAUUAUUUUUAUUAUUUGCCAUUUAGGUAGUAGGACUAUGGUAUAGAUAAAUAAGUAAAUAAAUAUAUCGAAUAUUUAUUAUUAUAGUUUAAUAUUGAUAACACAAUACAUUGUGUUUGUAGCUGAAAAUCUAAAGAUAAUAUACAUAUGUACAAAAUACGUUAUGACAAAUAAAGACUGAUCUACAUUUUAAA